UCGAUAACUUAGAAAGUUCGAAGAACAUCGAUAAGACACCGAUGACUUAUAAAAUGCUAAAAACAUCGGUGCAACGAUGUUUUCAUCGAAGUUUGCGCACCUCUACUAUUGAUUGAAAUAAAAUUUACGCAAAUACAAAAAUUUGUGUUCCAAUGCAAAGUAGACCAUAAAAAUCCAUUGUGAAAAUUUCGUGGGGUGGUUGGGAGCCAAAACGGAUACUCAAUAGGCCAGAGUCGUCGUAGUAGAGAGCGGCAAAGAGAGCGAGCGAAGAAGCGCGGAGCAUGUAUUUGAUGUGUACUCAGCAGCAGCGGCCGAAGAGAGCGCACUAAGCAGGCGAGAAGCAAACACCCACACAGGCAGCAAACGGGCGCCCACUUUCGCACGUACAUACGCAGAGGAUACGAGGAAGAGGCAGAGGACGAGGAGGCGGAGCUUAGCGAAACUAGGAUAACGAUGAACCCGGCUGUGGAUGCGUGGGCGGUGACCCAGCGGGAGCGGGUCAAGUACCAGGAGCAGUUCAAGGCGCUGCAGCCUCAGGCGGGCUUCGUCACCGGAGCCCAGGCCAAGGGAUUCUUUCUGCAGUCCCAGCUGCCGCCGCUAAUCCUGGGUCAGAUAUGGGCCCUGGCGGACACCGACUCCGAUGGCAAGAUGAAUAUCAACGAGUUCAGCAUUGCCUGCAAGCUGAUCAACCUCAAACUGCGCGGCAUGGAGGUGCCCAAGGUACUGCCGCCCAGCCUUCUGGCCUCCCUCAGCGGUGAUGGAGUGAAGACGCCCUCUAUGACUCCACGCGGCUCCACCAGCUCCAUGAGUCCGAUGGAUCCGCUCAAGGGAAUUGUCCCAGCCGUUGCUCCAGUGGUAGCUCCUCCUCCAGUGCUGGCCGCUGCUCCACCCGUUGCAGUAGCAGCUGUUAUUUCGCCUCCGGGUGUCGUGGAAGCCAAGUUGCCGGCUGGUCCCACGCCGCCCUCCAGCAACCCACCAAGCCGCCAUAUGUCCGUCUCGGAGCGAGCGCCCUCCAUCGAAUCUCUGCAAGGAGGCGAUUGGGCCGUUCAAGCUGCAAAGCGGAAAUACACGCAGGUAUUCAAUGCCAAUGAUCGCACACGUUCCGGAUACUUGACCGGUGCCCAGGCUCGAGGAGUUCUAGUCCAGAGCAAGCUGCCCCAGGUGACGCUUGCCCAGAUCUGGACACUGUCUGACAUUGAUGGCGAUGGCCGACUUAGCUGCGAUGAGUUCAUUCUGGCCAUGUUCCUGUGCGAGAAGGCCAUGAGUGGGGAAAAGAUACCGGUGACCCUGCCCCAGGACUGGGUGCCGCCCAACUUGCGCAAGAUCAAGUCGCGGCCGGGCUCAGUUUCCGGGGUGGUGUCACGCCCUGGCUCGCAGCCUGCCUCCCGGCAUGCCUCCGUGUCCUCACAGGGCGGCAUUGCGGGAGCCGCGGAUGCUGAUCCAGCAGCCGGUUUGCCCGGACAAACUUCCUUCGAGGACAAACGAAAGGAGAACUAUGUGAAGGGUCAGGCAGAGCUCGAUCGCAGGCGCAAGGUCAUGGAGGACCAGCAGCGAAAGGAGCGGGAAGAGCGGGAGCGCAAGGAGCGUGAGGAGAUAGAGAAACGCGAGAAGGCACGCCUGGAAGCUGAGCGUAAGCAGCAAGAGGAGCUAGAGCGACAGCUUCAGCGUCAACGUGAAAUUGAGAUGGAGAAGGAGGAACAGCGCAAACGGGAACUGGAAGCCAAGGAGGCGGCCAGAAAGGAACUGGAGAAGCAGCGUCAGCAGGAAUGGGAGCAGGCCAGAAUUGCUGAAAUGAACGCACAGAAGCAAAGGGAACAGGAGCGUGUCCUCAAGCAGAAGGCACACAAUACCCAGCUAAAUGUGGAACUGAGCACACUGAAUGAAAAGAUCAAGGACCUUUCGCAGAAGAUUUGCGACACCCGGGCUGGUGUAACCAAUGUAAAGACCGUCAUCGAUGGCAUGCGCACUCAACGAGACACUUCCAUGACCGAGAUGGCGCAACUAAAGGCUCGCAUCAAGGAGCAGAAUGCCAAGCUGCUGCAGCUUACCCAGGAGCGGGCCAAGUGGGAUGCCAAGAGCAAGGCUAGCAAUGCGGCAAUGGGUGGCGAGAAUGCCCAGCAGGAGCAGCUGAAUGCAGCCUUUGCUCACAAGCAGCUGCUGAUCAAGCAAAUUAAAGACAAAGUGGAGAACAUUGGCAAGGAGAUUGAGUCCAAGAAGGAAGAUAUCAACUCCAACGACAUACAGAUGACUGAGCUGAAGGCAGAACUCUCCGCUCUGCUCAACAAGUGCGAAGAAUUGUACAAGGAGUACGAUGUGGAGCGCACUUCGGUUCUGGAAUUGAAGUACAAUCGCAAGAACGAGUCCAGCACAAGCUCGGCGUGGGACACGGGCACCUCCAGUGGUUGGGGCGAACCAGAAACGGCCGUUGCAGAUCCCUAUGCCGGCCUGAGCAACGACAUUGGCGCUGUAACUGCUCCGGCUGCGGAUCUCAGUGGACCGGCGCCCGAGGGUUUCGUAAAAUAUCGAGCUGUAUAUGAAUUCAAUGCUCGCAACGCUGAGGAAAUCACCUUUGUGCCGGGCGACAUUAUCUUGGUCCCAUUGGAACAGAAUGCCGAGCCCGGAUGGUUGGCUGGCGAAAUUAACGGCCACACUGGCUGGUUCCCCGAAUCCUAUGUGGAGAAGCUGGACGGUGAAGUGUCUACAUCCAUUGCUGCAGCCGUCGAGCCGGAAGUCGUGGCCCAAGUGGCAUCCGUGGUGGCGGACAGCUACAAUGACAAUAUCAAUGCGGUUGCAGAGCCAGCUGCAGAUCUGACUGCCGCCGGUGAUGUGGAGUACUAUAUAGCCGCAUAUCCUUAUGAGUCCGCCGAAGAAGGUGACCUGAGCUUUGGUGCCGGCGAGAUGGUGAUGGUCAUCAAGAAGGAGGGCGAGUGGUGGACGGGCACAAUUGGCAAUCGCACCGGCAUGUUCCCCUCGAACUAUGUCCAAAAAGCGGAUGUGGGCACGGCGAACCCAGCAGCAGCAGCUGCCUCUACAACUGCUGCCUCAGUUGAUGCAUAUGAACAGGAGGCGACGUUGAAUGGCAACGCCGCUUACGCCGCUGCUCCCGUUGAGCAGCAUGAACAGCAGCAGCAGUUCCAGCCGUUGCCCGUUCAGGAACUGAGUGAGCAGCCAGGCUCUGGCUGGCCUGGCGCUGGCGCGGAAGAAGCGCACGAAGACCUCGACACGGAAGUUUCCCAGAUCAAUACACAGUCCAAGACACAAAGCAGCGAGCCGGCCGAGAGCUACAGCCGACCCAUGUCACGCACCUCUUCCAUGACACCCGGUAUGCGGGCCAAGCGUUCGGAGAUUGCCCAAGUUAUUGCUCCAUAUGAGGCCACCAGCACUGAGCAGCUUUCGCUGACGCGUGGCCAACUGAUUAUGAUCCGCAAGAAGACAGACUCUGGCUGGUGGGAGGGUGAGCUGCAGGCCAAGGGUCGAAGACGCCAGAUCGGCUGGUUCCCGGCCACCUACGUGAAGGUGCUGCAGGGCGGUCGCAACAGCGGACGCAACACGCCCGUCUCAGGCAGUCGCAUCGAGAUGACCGAGCAGAUUCUGGACAAGGUUAUUGCUCUCUAUCCGUACAAAGCACAAAACGACGACGAGCUAUCGUUUGACAAGGACGACAUCAUCAGCGUGCUGGGUCGGGACGAGCCGGAGUGGUGGCGCGGCGAGCUGAAUGGCCUGUCCGGCCUAUUUCCCAGCAACUAUGUGGGACCGUUUGUGACGUCCGACGGCUUCCAGCGACAGGAAGAAAAAGAUUCCCAUCCAAGUGUCAAUAUAGUCCCGAGGUUUCAUCAUGAAGAUUCCAAUCCAAGCUUCAGUGAGAGAAAAGGCAAUAGAAUCCAAAGGUUGUGGCACCAGUGGCGGGGUGACCAGACGGAGCCCGGCGAGAACAAACUCCAGGGUAUCAUCCAGGCGGUGCACAUUGGCAAGCGGAGCGAUGGCCAGUUGAUGGGUUGUGCCUAUUUUUGUUUCGAGUGCACCGAGGAGAUGGCACAGUCCAUGCUCCAGGACGAGGACAAUCGUUUGGUGGGCAGGAGUGUCCUUGCCGACUGGCAGUUGCCCAAGAAGCAGCGACACAUGUCCUGCUGCUGGUGAAGAGAUGUGCCGUGUUCCCAAAAAUCCCUCAAAAU